AACGCACACGUCGCCCCCGGCCCAGACGCACGAAAUCGCGCGCGUUAUAUAAUAACAUCUAUCAUCAUAUACGUUCUGCAAUGGCGGCGCCGUAUAGUCGACCGGCGGCCUGAUGGUGCACAGUGAGCUGCUCGUACGUGGGCGGACUGGACCGCCGCCGGCGGAGAGAUACUGCUGGAGAGCGUACAGUCUAUAGCAGAUCGAUCGAUUGGAGGCGGCCAGUACGUCAGCCCUCGUUGUUGAGGAUGGACGAAGAGGCAGGCGUCGUUACCGCGGCGGCUCAAGUGACGAGGAAGGUGGAGGAGAAAGACGCGGAGAUGGCGGCGUGGAAGGCGCCUGCCGCGAUGUUGUUGGUGCAGCUGUCCAACACGGGUAUGGUGCUGCUUUCCAAGGUGGCCAUCGACGGCGGCAUGUUCGUCUUGGCACUUCUCACCUACCGCAGCCUCUUCGGCGCCGCCAUCAUCCUCCCCGUCGCGCUCCUCCAAGAGAGGGGGAAGUGGAAAGAGAUGGAUUGGCACGCCGCCGGAUGGAUCUUCCUCAAUGCGUUUGUCGGAUACGCCGUACCAAUGAGCAUGUACUACUACGGCCUUCAGGACACAACGGCGUCAUACGCCAUUAUAUUCCUCAACUUAAUUCCACUGACAACCUUCAUUCUCUCCUUUGCUUUCAGGAUGGAGGCAUUGCGAAUCAUGAGCACGUCAGGAUCGCUCAAGAUUGCAGGAGUUCUGGUGUCCGUCGGGGGCACGAUGAUCAUCAGCCUAUACAGGGGAAAGGUCCUGCAUCUAUGGAGCAACCAUAUUCUUCACCAUCACAACGAAGAGCACGACGUCGCCGUGGAUGCUGCAAGCCAUCAUCGGCUACGUGGAACAAUCUUGUUGGCAGGCAGCAGCUUCAUGCUUGCUUGCUGGUACCUGAUUCAGGCGAAGGUUCUCAACGUAUAUCCGUACAAAUAUUGGUCGUCCAUGGCUACCUGCUUGGUUGGAGGGUUUCAGACAGCACUUGCUGGAGUCAUACUUCGGAGGGACAAGAAUGCCUGGAAGAUAGGAUGGGAUAUAAACCUUGUGACCAUCGUCUACUCUGGGGCAUUUGCAACGGCACUAAAAUACAGCCUCAACUCGUGGGCUGUAUCUAGGAAAGGCCCAUCAUACCCUGCAAUGUUCAGCCCAUUGUCUGUGGUGUUCACUGUUGUGCUGGGCUCUAUCUUCAUCGGUGACAACAUCACAAUCGGAAGGUCAUUUGUCUUUUUUGUAGCUAUUCCCUUCUCUAUGAUCUGUUCUCCUGUUUGAGUAAGCGCGCACACCCACAAAAAAAGGGUCAUAUUUUAUGGCAUUAUGUCACGGUUGAUUGUCUGCGUUGUUCUUUCUUAUGAAUGUGCAGCCUCGUCGGGACGGUUAUGGUGAUUGUUGGGACCUACACCUUCCUAUGGGCCAAAGCAAAUGAGCUACAUCAAGAGUGAAUAUGUCAGGGAGCACAUGUUUAGUUCAUAGAGAUUUCCAUGGAACUCAGAAUGGAGACACAAAUAGAGGCCAACUUGUUUAAUAUGUAAACAUUACAAAUAUAAAUUAACAAAUGAUAUAU